GUUAGUCAGUGCGCGCGCGCAGUGUCUGGAGACCGCUCGCAGUGUUUACCGUGCUGCAGGCUGCAGCCAUGAGCAUAGAGCACCGCUCCAUCACGGGCUCCGCGCCGCAUGUCACCAAGCGUCUCUGCACUGUGAUCUUGUCCCUCGUCGGUGUGAUUUGCGUCCUCGGAGGAUUCCUCCUCGGUCGGAUGGCGCAGAACCAGGUGAGGAAAACCAGCGAUAUCGUACCUAUUAACCUCACGACGUCCGCGGAGAAUCUGUACAAGAAGGCCAAAUCGAUCGCGCCCAAAGCGAUCCACCACUACGAUCCGGGGAAGGUGACGGCGCGGCUGUUGGACGUGUUCCACUGCAGCGCGGCGGAGUGCGGCGCCGUCACCGAGCACAACGCCGCCGACUUCGUCAAGAACGCCAUCAGCAUCGAAGUCAACAAGCUCCUGAGGUCCAUCCAGAACGCCUCCGCGUAUCUCGACUCGUUGAGAUGACAGUGAAGUGCGCAGACUGUUUUACAUAAGUUUCUAUUCCAUUUUAUAAGUGUUAAUUUUAAUGAGCCAAUGGCCAUUAAAAGUGCAGCUCUACUGUCGAUUUUGGUGCUGUGCUGUUUGUCACAAUUAUUAAAAAGGGGAAAUCACAUUGUCAUAAAAUAUUAUGUUUU